AUGGUUGAGUAUGAGGCUGAAUUUCUGUGGCUGAGCCGCUAUGUACGAGAUAUGGUGGCCACAGAGUAUGAGCGAUGUGUUCGCUUCGAGGAUCACCUCAGGGAUAAUCUGAGGGUUCUGAUAGCUCUACAGAAGGAGCAAGACUUUGCUACUUUGGUUGAUAAGGCAAAGAUCACCGAGGAAGUAAAGCAUGUUAAGCGCCAGAACCGAGAGAGAGGUAGGAGCAAGAGGGAUUUGGAGCCCUCAAGUUCUGUUCAGAGGCCUAAGAAAAAGGCCAGGGUUGAUGGGUCGAUCAGAAUUGGGGACCCUAUUGCUGCUACUGAACAGUUUCCAUGUACUGAUUGUGGUAGACACCAACUAGGCGAGUGUUCAAAAAGGACUAGAGCAUGCUUGAGGUGCGGUUCUUUGGAGCACCAUAUUAGGGAUUGUCUGCGGAGGUCCGAUCAGAUGCAAGCUUCUGGCAUGGGUACUGCACCACCACCGAGAGUAGUUCAGCAGCCACCGAAAGGUCGUGGUCAAGUCAAAGAUGUUAUUGAGUUAGGCCUUGAUAGAGGAACCACUCACUCCUAUAUAUCUUCUACUGUGCCCGAAAUCUCGGGUAUAUUGAUUGAGAACACUACGAAUGAGGUCACUGUACUGAGUCCGUUGGGGCAAUCGAUAAGGGUGAAUAAAUUGUUUAAAAAUGUCCCUUUGGAGGUUCAAGGGGCUAUCUUCCUGGCUGAUCUGAUGGAAUUGCCUUUUGGAAAAUUUGAAAUGAUACUAGGAAUGGAUUGGUUGGUUAAACAUCGAGUGAGCCUAGAUUGUGCCACAAAAAGGGUUGUAUUGAUAACUGCAGAGGAUAGCGAGGUAGUCAUAAUUGGAGAGCGUCGGAACUACUUGUCGAAUGUGAUUUCUACAUUGAGGGUCAAGAAGUUUGUUUGUAAGGGAUGUGCAGCGUAUCUGGCCUACAUCAGUGUCUCAGAUUCUGAGGAUUCUUCCGUUAAGGAUAUAAAGACAGUUAAAGACUUUUUGAAUGUUUUUCCUGAAGAGCUAUUUAGGCUACCUCCGAAUCGUGAAGUAGAGUUUGGGAUUGAGCUCCCUCCUAGUACAGCUCCGGUGUCCAAUGCUCCCUAUAGAAUGGCAGCGAAAGAGAUUAUUGAUCUCCGAUCAGGUUAUCACCAGUUGAGAGUUAAGGAGGCUGAUGUGUAUAAGACAACAUUACGACUCGUUAUGGACACUACGAGUUCCUAG